UUUCAAGUUGUGGGGUUCAUGGCAUUCGAUUGAGUUUCACACGACAACUCAAGCUCCUCGUUGAGGGAUAAAAGGGAAAGUUUUUCCGGGAAAAUUUCCCAUUUUCCGUCAAAAGAAUCGCACCUGAGAAAUCAUGAGCAACGACUACGAUUAUCUGUUCAAGCUUUUGCUAAUCGGAGACUCUUCUGUCGGAAAAUCGUGCCUGCUUCUGAGAUUUGCAGAUGAUGCUUAUAUCGACAGCUACAUAAGCACCAUAGGUGUCGACUUUAAAAUUAGGACCAUCGAGCUCGACGGGAAGACUAUAAAGCUGCAAAUCUGGGAUACUGCCGGGCAGGAGCGGUUCAGGACCAUCACCAGCAGUUAUUACAGAGGAGCUCACGGGAUCAUCAUUGUGUAUGAUUGUACUGAGAUGGAGAGCUUCAACAACGUGAAGCAAUGGUUGAAUGAGAUCGAUAGAUACGCUAACGAAAGUGUCUGCAAACUUCUAAUCGGUAACAAAACCGAUCUUGUUGAAAGUAAAGUUGUUUCCACCGAAACUGGAAAGGCCCUUGCAGAUGAGCUCGGAAUUCCUUUUCUCGAGACGAGUGCCAAAGAUUCUAUCAACGUAGAGCAGGCUUUCUUGACCAUUGCCGGGGAGAUCAAGAAGAAGAUGGGGAGCCAGCCGAGCGCUAACAAGGCGGGGUCGGGAACUGUCGAAAUGAAAGGACAGCCUAUCGGGCAGAACAGCGGCUGCUGCAGUUAGUCGUUGAAAGCCCCCCGUAAAACUUCUCCGUACUUGUGUUUUUUUUUUCUGUACGUAAGCUUGUGUGAAAACCUGCUUCUGUCUCCUAAACCUAAGGGAUUUAGAAGGGUUUCUUUCUUUUUGUUUGUUGGUGUUUUCGUUAGGACAAAACUCUCGACAUUGUAUGGUACGAAUGCAUGUGCAAAAAUUCUCUAUGUCCGUACGUUUGGGUUUUU